AUGAAGAUUUCUUUUCUGACAAUUAUCACCUGGAUCGGCCUGAUUAUGAUGGCUGAGGCCUGCGAUAAGAAGAAAUAUGACCAGUGCACCCGAGCCGCGAGAAUGGGCUGUGCAGGCGUUUCCGCUGCUAUAGUCAGUUGCGCAAGAGUCAGCCUGAUCGCAGAAAGCGCUUGCCGCAAUGGAAAACUGUUUAAAGGUCAGGGUGACUGCAAAAAGGCUGUCACCUCCGCUUAG